AGGCUGAAAAGAAGUUAAAAAAAGAAACAAAGAAAAAGCAUACAAAACCAAAGCACUCAUGGUCAUGGAACAACGUUCCCAAGAAGCUCUCAAGUUCGAAUUGAUUCCCUACUUGCAAGAAGAGAUAGCUCCAAUUGAAGCUCCCUUACCUCAUCUCCUCCUUUCUCCUUCCUCCUUCUCCUCCUCCUCCUCCAAAAAGAGAAAAAGAAGAAAAAAGGAAGGAAGAUGUCCUUCAUUCCUUGCUUGCAAAUGAGGGAUGGCAAAAGCAAAUCAGUAUUCAAAGAAAAAGAAGAGAAAAAGAAAAAGCAAAAAGCAGCAGUAGAAGAAGCCCUUGAGCCAAAUAAAAAACCAAGAAAGAGAGAGUGGUCACACCAUUGUGCUUGCUCUUCUUCAUCCCCGUUCAUCCUCCUGCGCCACUAGGAGGAGUUCUCGGAAUGGCGAGCAGUAGUGGUACCAAAGGGGAUGUGCCUGUUGCGAAGGCGCCGUCUAGGAAGAUGACUAGGACGGCGACGAUGAUGGAUAUGGUUGAUGAUGAAAACUUGUUGGUGCCUUCUUCUCUCGCCCCCAUCGCCCCCAUUCUCCGUGUCGCCAAUGACAUCCAGGAACUUAAUCCCAGAGUUGCUUAUCUAUGUCGUUUUCAUGCGUUGGAGCAGACUCAAAAGCUAGAUCCCUUAUCAAGUGGACGUGGUGUUCGUCAGUUCAAAACAUAUCUGUUGCAUAGGCUAGAAAAGGAAGAAGUAGAGACCAAACCACGGUUUGCUGGAAGUAAUUCAGAAGAAAUCCAAUUAUUCUAUCAGUGGUAUUAUGAUGAAUUUGUCAAGGACCCUUCCAGAAAAAAGCCUGAGGAGAUGGCAAAGCAUUACCAGAUUGCGUCAGUUCUUUAUGAUUUAAUGAAAGCUUUGAUACCCAUAGAGAAAGUUGAUAAGAAGAUAUUUAAAUUUGCUGAGGAAGUUGCAAGAAAGAAAGUUCAGUAUGCUCCUUAUAACAUUCUUCCUCUUAAUGUUUCUGGUGCUGUUCCUCCCAUUAUGGAACUUCCAGAGAUAAAAGCAGCAGUUAAUGCUCUCCGCGAUAUUGAUAAUCUCCCAAAACUCAGGAUACAACCAACAGAGAAUGUUCGGCAGAGAGUUGAUGGAUCCUCAAUGCCUGGAAAUAACGGGACUGUCAUUCAUGAUUUACUUGAUUGGCUUGGGGCAAUCUUUGGAUUUCAAAAAGGGAACGUGGAGAAUCAAAGAGAACACUUGAUCUUCCUUCUUGCUAACAUUGACAGUAGGAGUAGGCCGGAUGAAGAGUAUUCACUGUUGGCUAGUCGAACUGUGACAUAUUUAAUGGAUAAGGUAUUCAAGAAUUACCGUUCAUGGUGUCACUAUCUGCACAUUCAGCAUAACCUCAAGUUUCCAAAUGAUGCAGCAACACAGAGGGUGGAGCUUCUUUACAUUGGUUUAUAUUUUCUUAUUUGGGGUGAAGCUUCAAAUAUUCGGUUCAUGCCUGAGUGUCUCUGCUAUAUUUUUCAUCGUAUGGCAGGUCAACUAUGUGAAAUUUUGGCUAAUGUCCAGGCAGCAACUGGGGAUUAUUACCAUGAACUAGCUCACCAUGAUGAUGAGCGAUUUUUGCGAGAGGUUGUGACUCCAAUUUAUCAGGUCGUGCGCAAGGAAGCUCAAAGAAACAAAAAUGGUACUGCUAGCCAUUCAAAAUGGAGAAAUUAUGAUGAUUUAAAUGAAUAUUUUUGGUCAAACGAAUGUUUAAAAAUAGACUGGCCAAUGAAGCCUGACCAUGACUUUUUUGUGCAUACCAGGGAGAUACAUUCUAAAGAUGAGCAUCGUGGCCAAGUAGUUGUUGGACGAAGAAAACCCAAAACAAAUUUUGUUGAAGUACGUACAUUUUGGCACCUGUAUAGAAGCUUUGAUCGUAUGUGGAUAUUUUUUAUUUUGGCUUUCCAGGCCAUGCUAAUCAUUGCGUGGAGUCCUUUAGGAUCCAUAACUGCUGUCUUUGACCCAGAUGUUUUUAGAAGCGUGUUGAGCAUCUUUAUAACUGCCGCUCUACUCAAUUUUCUGCAAGCUACUUUGGAUAUAGUUCUUAGUUGGAAGGCUUGGGGAAGCUUGCGGUCCACACAAAUAAUUCGGUACCUUCUGAAAUUUGCUGUAGCUGCUGCUUGGUUGGUAGUUCUACCAAUAGGCUAUUCUAGCUCGGUGCAAAAUCCUACAGGGCUUGUUAAAUUUUUUAGCAAUUGGGCUGGAAAUUGGCAAAGUCAAUCAUUUUAUAGUUUUGCUAUUGCUAUUUAUAUGAUACCAAACAUACUUGCUGCUUUAAUAUUCUUGCUUCCCCCACUUCGGAGGUCCAUGGAGCGCGCCAAUAAUAGAAUUAUUGUUCUGCUUAUGUGGUGGGCUCAGCCUAAGUUGUAUGUUGGAAGAGGCAUGCAUGAGAGCAUGUUUUCAUUGUUCAAGUAUACUCUUUUCUGGAUUGUAUUGCUAAUCUGCAAACUUGCAUUCAGUUACUAUGUUGAGAUUUCUCCUUUAAUUGAACCAACCAAGCGGAUUAUGGAUUUGGGAGUUGUUAGCUAUGAAUGGCAUGAAUUUUUUCCUAAUUUGAAACAUAAUAUCGGUGUUAUUAUAAGUAUAUGGGCGCCGAUAGUCCUGGUCUAUUUCAUGGACACUCAGAUUUGGUAUGCGAUAUUUUCCACUGUAGUUGGAGGGAUUCGUGGAGCCUUCAGCCACUUGGGUGAAGUCGGAACACUUGGGAUGCUUAGGUCCAGAUUUGAGUCAGUGCCAUCAGCUUUUAGUGACAGGCUUGUGCCUUGCCCCAGUGGUGUAGUAAAAAAAAAGCAGGAUGCUGAUGGAGAAAGAGAAAAAUCAAACAUUGCUAAUUUUUCUCAUGUUUGGAAUAAAUUCAUAAACUCUUUACGGGAGGAGGACUUGAUCAGCAAUAAGGAGAAGGAUCUUCUGCUUGUGCCUUCUUCUUCAGGUGGAAAUGAAAUAACUGUCGUCCAGUGGCCACCAUUCCUUCUUGCCAGUAAGAUACCCAUAGCACUUGAUAUGGCCAAAGAUUUCAAGGGAAAGGAUGACAAGAGCUUAUUUAACAAGAUCACAAACGAUGAGUACAUGUAUUCUGCAGUGAAAGAAUGCUAUGAGACAUUGAGAGACAUUCUUUUUGGCCUUCUUGUAGACCAAGAAGGGAAGGAAUUUCUUCGGCAUAUAUGUAAUAAAGUGGAUGCUAGCAUUGCAAAUAAUAAAUUUCUGAGUGAUUUCCGGACAAGUGAGUUACCCCAGCUCAACAAUAAGUUGGAGAGACUAUUAACCCUUUUGAAAGAGCUACCAGACCGGAAGAAAGAUAAACUAGUCACGCAGAAAGAGAAAUUAGACCUCCCUGAUUCUCAAGACCGGAUAGGGCCAAGACAAAUUAUCAAUGUAGUACAGGACAUGAUGGAGAUUAUAGCACAGGAUAUAAUGAUCCGUGCAGAAGAAAUCACUGCACGGUGGAAUGCUGCCCCAAGUAAGAAUAAGAAAGAAGUGAAGUUUGGAAUGUUUGAUGUGAACCUUAAGCUUCUGGAGAAUGCAUCUUGGAAGGAGAAGGUUGUCAGGCUUCAUUUACUUUUAACUGUCAAGGAAUCAGCAAUAAAUGUACCUAUGAAUUUGGAUGCACGCCGAAGAAUUACCUUCUUUGCAAACUCUUUGUUCAUGAAAUUGCCGCGUGCUCCACAUGUUCGCAAAAUGUUUUCCUUUAGUGUUUUGACUCCAUACUAUAAAGAGGAUGUUCUUUAUUCUGAGGAAGAGCUUAACCAGGAGAAUGGUGGGAUAUCUACUUUGUUUUAUUUACAGAAAAUAUAUCCUGAUGAGUGGAAUAAUUUUACGGAACGUAAGCCUCCUCCUCCUGAAGACACACAAAAUGAAGACACACAAAAUAACCACAUGCAUUAUGUUCGUGAAUGGGUUUCAUACAGGGGGCAAACACUUUCCAGGACAGUGAGAGGAAUGAUGUACUACAGGCAGGCUCUCGAGUUACAAGGCUUCUUAGAUGUGGAACAGAAUCAGGAUAAACCAAGAGGGCAUGGAUCACUUUCACCAGAAGAGAUGCACCAUACCCACUUGGGUAUUGCUAGACGUGCACAAGCUGUUGCAGACCUGAAAUUCACAUAUGUUGUCUCUUGUCAAGUCUACGGCAUGCAGAAGAAGUCCAGUGAGCCUAAAGACAGAAGUUGCUACCAGAAUAUUCUCAACUUAAUGUUGAUGCAUCCUUCAUUGCGUGUUGCUUAUAUUGAUGAGCGGGAUGAGACAAUUGGUGGGAAGCAGGAAAAAGUUUUUUAUUCGGUUCUUAUUAAAGGAGGUGAAAACAGGGAUGAGGAAAUUUAUCGUAUCAAACUUCCUGGGCCUCCAACUGCUAUUGGUGAAGGAAAGCCUGAGAAUCAAAACCAUGCCAUAAUUUUCACCCGAGGAGAAGCACUUCAAACAAUAGAUAUGAAUCAGGAUAAUUACCUUGAAGAAGCAUUCAAAAUAAGAAAUGUUCUGCAAGAAUUCUUAGCACAUCAUGGGCAAAGUAAGCCUACAAUAUUAGGUCUCAGAGAGCAUAUAUUCACUGGAAGUGUUUCCUCCCUUGCGUGGUUUAUGUCUAACCAGGAGACAAGCUUUGUGACUAUCGGACAAAGGGUCCUAGCAAACCCUUUGAAGGUCCGAUUCCAUUAUGGGCAUCCUGAUAUCUUUGAUAGAAUCUUUCAUAUUACAAGAGGAGGCAUAAGUAAAGCUUCAAAAACAAUAAAUUUAAGUGAGGAUAUAUUUUCAGGGUUCAAUUCAACUUUACGUGGAGGAAAUGUGACUCAUCAUGAAUAUAUGCAAGUUGGGAAAGGACGUGAUGUGGGAAUGAAUCAAAUUUCUCUUUUUGAGGCAAAAGUGGCAAAUGGAAAUGGAGAACAAACACUUAGUCGUGAUGUUUAUCGUUUGGGACGAAGAUUUGACUUCUACAGAAUGCUAUCUUUCUACUUCACCACUGUGGGCUUCUAUUUUAGCAGCAUGGUUACUGUACUUACAGUAUAUGUCUUCUUAUAUGGUCGGCUAUAUUUAGUAAUGAGCGGCCUUGAAAAGUCAAUACUUGAGGAUCCAAGCAUUCAGCAAAAUAAGUCCCUUGAAAAUGCUCUUGCAUCUCAGUCAGUCUUUCAGCUAGGAUUAUUACUGGUUCUCCCUAUGGUAAUGGAAGUUGGCUUGGAGAAAGGUUUCCGCACUGCAUUGGGCGAGUUUAUAAUAAUGCAGUUGCAGCUAGCCCCAGUUUUCUUUACCUUCCAGUUAGGAACCAAGGUCCAUUACUAUGGAAGGACAAUUCUGCAUGGAGGUUCUAAAUAUAGAGCUACUGGUCGUGGAUUUGUGGUGUUCCAUGCAAAGUUUGCUGAUAAUUAUAGGCUUUACUCCCGCAGUCACUUUGUUAAAGGAUUGGAAAUGAUGAUACUCUUAAUUGUAUACCAAGUCUAUGGGCAGUCAUAUCGUAGCUCAAACGCAUAUCUGUUCGUCACAUUUUCCAUGUGGUUCCUUGUUGCUUCAUGGUUGUUUGCACCCUUCAUAUUCAAUCCUUCAGGAUUCGAGUGGCAGAAGACUGUUGAUGACUGGACAGACUGGAAAAGAUGGAUGGGAAAUCGUGGUGGGAUUGGGAUUUCAGUGGAUAAGAGUUGGGAAUCCUGGUGGCAGGCGGAACAUGAUCACCUCAGAACUACCAGUAUUCGAGGACGAAUAUUAGAGAUUCUUUUGGCGCUUCGUUUUCUAAUCUACCAAUAUGGGAUAGUUUACCACCUCAACAUAGCCCAUCACAGCAAAAGUGUCCUGGUUUAUGGACUGUCAUGGUUUGUGAUGCUGACAGUCCUGUUAGUUUUAAAGAUGGUUUCAGUGGGUCGGCGAAGGUUUGGCACAGAUUUUCAGCUGAUGUUUAGAAUCCUCAAAGGGCUUCUCUUCCUCGGCUUUGUAUCGGUGAUGACAGUUUUAUUUGUUGUCUGCGGCCUCACGAUAGUUGAUGUCUUCGCUAGCAUUCUAGGCUUCAUGCCGACCGGCUGGUCACUUCUUCUGAUUGGCCAAGCAUGCAGAUCAUUAUUUAGGAGGAUUGGAUUCUGGGAUUCGAUUAAGGAACUUGGCCGAGCAUAUGAGUAUACGAUGGGGUUGAUCAUCUUCAUGCCCAUAGUAGUGCUAUCAUGGUUCCCUUUUGUUUCCGAGUUCCAGACCAGGUUGCUCUUCAACCAGGCAUUCAGUCGAGGUCUCCAGAUAUCAAGAAUUCUUGCUGGGAAGAAAGACAGCAGCACAGCAGCUAACUGAGACGUCGUUAUCUUUUUCAUUUCAUUUAAUUUCAUGUAUGAGCAGGUCGAUCUUUUUUACACAUGCAAACUUCAUUCAGUCGGUCGGGUGCUUGUAUUAUUUUCUUAGAACUUGUUCUCUUGAGAACAUGCUCAAAAGAAACCAGUAUCUGGAAAUUUAUAGACAUCCCCAAGAGGUUGCUUUUA